AUUUGGUCAAACUUUUCUCCUUUGGCUGCAACCUAUGGAUCCCGCCUAUUACAUUGACAAGACUGGCCAAAUUAACACUUCUUAAUUUGAUCACAUUCCCUGGAAGAAACCAGAGAAGAUGGCCAUGAGAAUGUUUCACUGUAAAUGCUUUGCAUUUCUAGUUGCUUUUGCCUUUUUUCUUCUGCAGGUUCAUGCUCAGGAACCAGGAUUUAUCAGCAUAGAUUGUGGAGCAACUUCAAACUACACUGAUCCAACAACUGGCCUUUAUUAUGUUUCUGAUUCAAGCUUCAUAGCAACUGGGGUGACCUACAGUGUGUCUGCAACGUAUCAAUUAGACAGUCUUCAAAAACCGCUAUGGAAUCUCAGAAGCUUUCCUGAAGGAUCCAAAAACUGUUACCAUAUAAAAGUCACCAAGCAAAGUAGAUACUUGAUCAGGGCAAACUUCUUUUAUGGAAAUUUUGAUGACAAAGCUACACCACCACAAUCAUUUGAUUUGUACCUGGGGGUUAAUCAGUGGGAUUCUAUUGUUCUUGGCAAUGUUUCCACCAUCGUGUUUAGGGAAAUCAUACAUUUUUCGCCAUCAGAUUAUAUCGACAUCUGUCUGGUGAAUACAGGCUCAGGGACACCAUUGAUUUCAUCUCUAGAAUUCAGGCAACUGAAAAAUACCACUUAUGUAACUCAAUCAGCUGAGUCGCUUAUAAUCUAUGCAAGGAUGAAUGUUCAACCUAUUACAAAUGCAAUACUCAGGUACCCAGAUGAUGUUUUCGAUCGAAGAUGGGUAUCAUAUAAUGAUUCCACCAUGGAUCAGUUGACUACCGAUGCCACAAUUGAUGCUGGUCGUCACAAUGGCUUUCAGCCUCCACAAAUUGUGAUGAAAAGUGCUGGGAUACCAAAAAAUGUAAGUGAGCCGUUGCAACUCACUUUCACACCUGUGGAUCCGACUUCGAAGAUUUAUGUGUACAUGCACUUUGCUGAACUUGAACAUCUUCCUGCAAAUCAGUCCAGACGAUUCAGUAUUACUGUGAAUGGAAACUACUUGUAUGGACCUACUAGUCCAACUUACUUGUACACAUUCACUGUAUACACCUCUUCAUCCUUGAGCGGAGCACAAUUGGUGUUUCAAAUAAUUAAAACUGAAGAUUCAACCCUGCCUCCAAUCCUCAACGCAGUCGAAAUUUAUGUGGUGAAAGAUCUCCCCCAAUCAGAAACUGAGCAAGAAGAGGCUGAUGCUAUCAACAAUAUCAAGUCAUUGUAUAAGAUGAAAGAUUGGCAAGGAGAUCCAUGUCUUCCUCAAGACUACUUGUGGGCUGGACUUGAUUGCAAGUUUAAUGGUUAUGAUCCUCCAAGAAUUAUUUCCCUGGAUUUGUCUUCAAAUGGGUUGACUGGUGAAAUACCUCCUUACAUUUCCAAUCUUACAAUGAUUCAACAACUGGAUUUAUCAAACAAUAGUUUGACUGGAUCAGUGCCUAAGUUUCUGUCUGAACUGCAAUUCUUGAACACCUUAAAGUUAAGUGGAAAUAAUUUCACAGGUUCACUUCCAGUUGAUCUUAUUGAAAGAUCAGAAAAUGGUUCCCUAUCAUUAAGUGUGGAUGGCAAUCCCUAUCUUUGCGCUUCAGUUUCAUGCGCCAAGAAAAAGAAGAACAAUGUUGUUGUUCCAGUUGUAGUAGCAUUCGCUGCCUUGUUCAUACUAUCAGCUGCAUUGGCUAUUUUCUGCAGAAUUAAAUGUCCAAGACGAGGACAUAUAUGGGGAAGAACCCCAAGAAAAUCAUCAUAUGUGUUAACGGAAAAGAUCAGACGAUUUACAUAUGCUGAGCUCUCGAUGAUCACCGGCAACUUCAAAAGAGAACUUGGUAAAGGAAGUUUUGGAAGUGUUUACCAUGGUUACUUGGAUGAUGAUACUGAAGUUGCUGUGAAAAUUCUUUCUGAAUUAUCAAAUCAAGGAUAUGAAGAGUUUGAAGCAGAGGUGAAGCUUCUUCAGACAGUGCAUCACAGAAACCUCACACCCCUUUACGGAUAUUGCGCUGAAGGCAAGCAAAUUGGGCUUGUCUAUGAGUACAUGGCCAAUGGAAACUUGAAACAGCAUCUGUCAGAUAAGAGUGCAGAUGUCAUGAGUUGGGAAGGGAGACUUCGUGCAGCGGUGGAGGCAGCACAAGGAUUGGAGUAUCUACACCAUGGCUGUAAACCACCCAGAGUACACAGGGAUAUCAAGUCUGCAAACAUCCUAUUGAGUGAAAACUUCCACGCCAGAAUAGCUGAUUUUGGGCUCACAAAAACUUUCCCAGUUGAAGGUGGCACUCAUUUGUCAACAGAUGUUGCUGGUACCUUCGGCUACCUUGACCCUCAGUAUUGUCAAACAUAUAGAUUAACUGAGAAGAGUGAUGUUUAUAGUUUUGGGGUCGUUCUUUUGGAGUUGAUCACAAGUCGACCGGUGAUUGCAAAUAACAAUGGGAAUAAUCACAUAAGCCAGUGGGUUGGUUCCAUGAUUGCACAAGGAGAUAUCAAAAAGACAGUCGAUCCAAGGUUAGGAGGAGACUUUGACAUCAACUCAGCCUGGAAAGCUGUUGAAAUGGCAAUGCUUUGUGUGUCUCAAACUUCCGAUGAAAGGCCAAGCAUGAAUUAUGUAGUGAGGGAACUGAGUCAAUGUUUAGAAAUGGAGAUUGCUCGGAAGGAAAGACGUGGGGUUCAACCAGGAAAUCAUUAUGAAAUGGUGUCCCUAAAUUUAGGAACUGAUCUCAUUCCUUCAGCAAGGUAGUACUUUCAGGUCAGCAAAUUAAGAUGGCUUUUCGAGUCUCACUGCUUCUUCAACUUCAGAUGGUGUCUGAAUUCUAUGAAAAAUCAAUUAAAUGUAAUGGUUUUGGUGCCUCAGUCAAUCACAUUAUAUUCUGUUACAACUUUUACUUUAGUGCUUGAACUGUGAUGUUUCUAUUUGUAAUCACAAUCUUAUAUACUAUGAGUGUUUUGUAUGAUUGCAUUACAGAUUUCAGGUUUGCUUUA